CCACCGCACGCGAUCGAUCAUCACCAACAUAAUGAGCGACGACGAUGACAUCUACAUCCCACUAAAGCAGCGGCGCCGCGAAGAAGAGGAGCGACGUGUGAAGCGACAGAAACUCAUCCAGGAGAAGCUCAAGCAGCAUGCACAGGACGACGAGGAAGAAGCUGCCGACGACGACGCCACCUCUCGACAACCCACUUCGGCGGCGACAACCGACCCUGCUUCUGACGACGUUGAUGCCGCUGCCCCAACACGGUCUACGGUGAGUUUGCUGGACCAGUCGUUCCAGCUCAAGAAGAAGCGAGAAAACGAAGGCGUGAACGAAGACGACCGGAUACAGUCCACGUCGGAGGUGCAGCUGCUGCACGAAGCGUCACAGGUCCAGAAGGGCGCGCUGGUGUCCGCCGCCGAGCACGCGAGCGGCGUUCGAUACACUGAGUCCCUUCAAACGACAUGGACACCUCCUCGACACAUUGCGCGUCUCACCGAGGACGAGUGCGACCUCGUACGCAAGAAGUGGCACAUUCUCGUCGACGGCGACGACAUCCCGCCGCCCAUCAAGUCGUUCGCCGAGAUGCGUUUCCCGCCCGCGAUCCUCAACUCAUUGAAAGCAAAGAACAUCAUCCGCCCCACUCCGAUCCAGGUCCAAGCCAUGCCGUGCAUCCUUUCUGGACGGGACCUCAUCGGCAUCGCGUUCACCGGCAGCGGCAAGACGCUCACAUUUACGUUGCCGCUCGUGAUGCUGGCCCUGGAGCAGGAGAAGAAGAUGCCGCUGAUUGCCAAGGAAGGGCCGUUCGGAGUCAUCCUCGGGCCAUCCCGCGAACUCAUGCGCCAGACGUACGAGAUUGUCACCCACUUCACGUCGUCCCUGUUUCAAGCUGGUUUUCCCGAAAUUCGCAGCCUGCUGUGCAUGGGCGGCCAGGACAAGCGCGAGCAGCUCGACAUGAUCUUCAAGCGCGGCGUGCACAUCGUCGUGGCGACCCCCGGCCGCCUAAAGGACUUUUUGCAGUCGAAGAAGAUGCACUUGGAUCUGUGCCAGUACAUUUGCCUAGACGAAGGCGACCGCAUGCUGGACUUGGGCUUUGACGAGGAAGUCGCGGCCAUAUUCAACCACUUCAAACAUCAGCGCCAAACGCUGCUCUUCUCCGCGACCAUGCCGCAGAAAUUUCAAGAUUUCGCCAAACAAGUCCUCGUGCGCCCAAUUCUGGUCAACGUGGGCCGGGCGGGGGCUGCGAAUUUGGACGUGCUCCAGGAAGUCGAGUAUGUGAAACACGAGGCCAAGAUCGUGUACUUGCUCGAAUGUUUGCAGAAGACGGCGCCGCCGGUGCUCAUUUUCUGCGAGCGCAAGGGCGACGUGGACGACAUCCACGAGUAUUUGCUGCUCAAGGGGGUGGAAGCCGUGUCGAUUCACGGUGAUUACUAAUCUGAAUUUGGGCUUUUUUUUAGCAUUUUUUGGGGUUUUUAGGUGGAAAAGACCAAGUUGAGCGAAACGAAGCCAUCGAUUUGUUCAAGCGCGGGGACAAGGACGUGCUCGUGGCGACGGACAUCGCGGCGAAAGGUCUGGACUUUCCGGACAUCCAGCAUGUGAUCAACUUUGACAUGCCCGUGGAAAUUGAAAACUACGUGCAUCGCAUUGGCCGCACGGGGCGCUGUGGCAAGACAGGGGUCGCCACAACCUUUAUCAAUAAAAACGUGCCUGAAAGUGCCUUGCUGGAUCUAAAGCACUUGCUCGUGGAGGCCAAGCAGCGCGUGCCGCCGGUGCUCAAGGCGCUGGACGACCCCAUGGAACACUUGCAGGAGAAUGCCACGGGCUCCAAAGGUAGUAGUUACACUUUACGAUUAGGGUCUUUUUACAGUGAAAAUGACACGAUUUGGGUCCUAAUGGCUUUGUUUUCGGGUGAAUAUGAUACGAUUUGUCGUUUGACUGAAACGUUUUAUGCCUCUAAAAUGAUUCUGUUCUUUCAGGUUCAAAUGAUAGUAUUUCAUAUGAAAUGGUUUUUUGAGGUGAAUAGGAUACUACUUUUUAGGGUUAAAAUGAUACUUUUUAGGGUUCAAAUGAUACUUUUUGGGGUUUAAAUGAUACUUUUGAGGUUAAAAUGAUACGUUUUGGGGUUUAAAUGAUACAUUUUGGGGUUAAAAUGAUGCUUUUUGAGGUUAAAAUGAUACUUUGGAUGUUUUAAUCGACACUUGUUUGGCGGUAGGGUGUGCGUUCUGUGGUGGGUUGGGCCAUCGGAUCACAGACUGCCCCAAGCUCGAGUCGAAUGCGCGGAAGCUCAAUGCCGGUCGCCGCGACUACUUGGGCGGCCAAAGCGGCGGCUACGGAGGGGAUACUCUGGGCUGAUAUAUCACAAUAAUAUAUUCUUGUAAUAUAUUCAAACAUGUUUACUUCAACACUUUGCCCAGCACUCGUCGACAGAUGAGCCACCAGCCCCCGGCGGAGACGGAGCCGGCAGGGAAGAACGGCAUGGCCACCAGGCGUUCCACGGGCAUGAGCCGCCCAGGAGGGAACACCACGAGCGGACUGGACCAGAACACGACAACCACGAUCGCCAGGAGCACAGGUUGGAUGUAGCCAAAGUAGCGGGGGACCGCUGCAUGCGCCAAGCGCUCGACAGCCAGCGUCUGCUCCUGCUUCUUGACGGUGUUCAUCUGACGCACCAACUUGGAAUGCUCGACAAACAUGUCGACGCUGUUGAGCUUCUUCGCUUGGACGGCGAGCACCGCAUGCUGCCGCUGCAGGGCGAGCUCUGCCUGCGUAGGUCGGCUUCCUCGUGUCUGCAGAACAUGCAGCAGCACCUCCACCACAACGCACAGCAGGGUCAGGACCAGAAGACUUGGCGCGUCCACCGCUUGAAUCAUCACCACACUCACCGCCGUGGAAAGAAAGUGUCGUGG